GUAAGAGUUUGACAGCCGGAUUAGUUUGUUUUGAUUUUCCGGAACUUACAAAACAAGACUUACAAAAUAUAAAAAGUUUUAAGGAUGCAAAGGAAUUAUCCUGGAGAUUUUAAUCAGCAGAUAAUAAGGAUUGUGCAGGACUAUCCCAUUCUCUUUGAUCGAACGCACAAGCUGUUCUUUCACGAUAAAUUCAAUGAUUUAGCAUGGGAAGAUAUUGGGAACAGAAUGGGGAGGAAUGGAGAAGACUGCAAGACAACGUAUAGGAAUUUGUACUUUGAAUUUGGUCAACAUUAUGCCAUGAAGAAGCAUCCGGAAUUGGUAGUGGAUGGGUAUCCAAUGAAGGAGUUUAGGUACUUCUAUGACAUGGUGAACUUCUACAAGGAUCACAUUCACCUACCGAGAGCCAUUAAACGCGUAAAGAUGACAAUGAAGCACUUUGUAAAGCAGAGAAAUAUAGAAGCUGGAAUUGUGGAAGAGCAAAAAACAAGGAAGGAGAGAAAAGCCGAAAAGGUGGAGAGAAUAAGGCAAAGGGCUGAAGUCAGAAAAGCCAAGGCUAAAGUGAAACAGGAAGAAUUCCAAGCAGCUCGUGGAAAACUAAGAGGAGGACCACAGUCAUCAUUUAGUGGUUCCGGAAGCAGCGUAGCACCGCCAAAAAUAUGGCAGGGACAAAUUGCUGCUCCAGAUCCGAGUCUUGAGGUAUUUGAACCCGCAUCUUCUUCACAAGCUCAGUCACGUCGAGAUCAGACUCGGCCGAAGAAUCCUCAACAUCAAGCACCCAAAAUUGAGCAAACCAAACCAAUUCCCAUUCGGAUGACACGACAAACGAAUUCCCCACCACGAGCUUGGGAAGAGCCACCUGCGAUAUUCAGAAAUUGUGGUCAAAACAAUCCUCAGAGGAACUUUUCUCCACCGAGGAACUUCUCACCUCCGAGGAACCCCUACAGGAAUGGACCGAAUGAACCAUUUCAGCCCCAAGCACCAAUAAAUUUCUUCGGGAAUGGUAUUCCUCCACAUGAGCCACCAUUUCAACCUCCUCAGAUGAAUUGUUUUGGGAAUAAUGGCCCACCUUCACAAGGGCCACCGUUUCGACCUCCCGAGAUGAAUCCCUUUGGGAAUGAUCAAUUUGCUCCUCCACUGCAGCCUCCAUCGAUGAAUUUCUUCGGAAAUGGUCCACCUCCACAGAAUCCUCAUUUUGUACCAUCUCAAAUGAAUCCAUUUGGGAAUGGUCCACCUCCACACGAUCCACAUUUUGGACCACCUCAGAUGAAUCCCUUUGGGAAUGGAGGACCAGGACUACCGGGGCCGCCGCAUCAACCCUUCUUUGGCAAUGGACCACCCAUUCCACCAUCCUUCAAUGAGAACAGACCACCAAUGCAGCCAUCCCCUCCGCAGAUGAACUCUUUCAGCCACGCUGGACCAUCGAAUGAGCCACGUCCUGGACAAAACAUCCCCGAUCAGUCAAACAUUGAUUUCGGAGAAGUUGAUUUCUUCUUCAAGAGUGUAUCUCAGCAGGUGAAAAAGGCCAAACUCACUCCUGACAAUUUUCGAGAUCUCCAAUCGGCGCUUUUCAGAGCAAUUUCCCUCAAACUCCAAUGACAAACUUUUAAUUAAUUUUUCAGUUCUAGAAUUGCUUGAAGAUUGUUUUCUGAAUGAGACUUUUCGAAUAAAACAAACGGAGAUGAGUAAAAAAAAA